AUGUCGAGUAUUGUCCCAGUGGACCUGUUGGCGGCUGCUACCAACCCAUUGUACUUUUCCAACCUCGUGACGACGAAUGCAUCGGAUCCUUCGACGAUUGCGCUGCUGUCCUACAAUGAUACCUUCCGGAACGAUGUGCUUGGAGAGAAUGCCACGGCGAGGCGGUUGUACAAUUUGGAUCACGAAGCAUUCCACGAGAUGGGCACCUACAACCGCAAAACGAAUAGCAUCUACGUAACCAGUAAUUAUCAGAGUUUGGAUAACCCUAUCAAUGUUACUAUCAUCGACCUCGGCAACAAUUACUCCAUCUCUUCCACGCGAUACGCCGACCUGAACGAAGCUAAUGGCGGCACAAACUGGUAUCCCCCGAAUUCCACUCAAGGAAACGGCACCACCCCACCCUUCCUCCUCUUUUGCGAUGAAGGUGACUUCGAGCACUACUCGGGCCUCGUGUCCGUUGACCCGUCUACAAACAACUCCCAGGUCAUCCUCAACUCCUUCCUCGGACGUAACUUUUCUUCUGUGAAUGAUGUGAGGCAGCACCCCGAGACGGGCGAUAUCUGGUUCACCGACGCGCCGUACGGCUUUUGGCAGGAAUUCCGGCCCAACACGUCGAUUCCCUCGCAAGUAUACCGCUUCGUCCCCAGCACGGGGGAUAUCAGCGUCGUCGCCGAUGGCUUCAUCGCGUCCAAUGGGCUAGAAUUCUCUCCGGAUUUGAAGACGCUGUAUGUGACGGAUACGGGCGCGCAGCAGAGUAUUAACGGACUUAAUGGCACGCGGCCGGCUACUAUCUAUGCAUUUGAUGUCGUGGAUCAGCGCCGAUUAGAUAAUCGCCGCACGUUCGCGUGGGUGGAGAAUGGGUUCCCUGACGGUAUCCACACCGAUAUGCAGGGCAAUGUGUGGGCUGGUUGCGGAGAUGGAUUGCACGUGUGGAGUCCGGAUGGCGUGCUGCUGGGGAAGGUGUGGAACGGCGUGGAAUCGAACAACUUUGCUUUCAUACCUGGUGGUGUGCUCGUUUUCAGCAAUGCGCAGUUGUGGAUUGUGGAGGGAAUCAAUGCGGUUGGGAGGGAGAUUUGUAGGGAUUUUGGAGUGUGUGGAUCGUCUUAG